UUUGUCGUGGAGCUUUGUCGAGAGCGCUCGCACUCUCUCUCUUUCUCUCUCCUCCUUUUCUCCGACUCUGCGGUGAAAGCUCCCCGGGUGUUCUGAAUCCGAUCGCCGAUUGUCCGUCGUCAAUCUGUUCCCCGUGGCCGCUUUCCUCGCGUUUCCAACAGCCCCGUUCGUCGUUCGCCGUCGGCAUCUCUCUCUGUCUCUCGAGGAAAAUCGCACCGCCGUCGUCCGGCAAGGCCGACGUGAAAGCCGCCGUGUCCAUUGUGCGUCCGCCGCCGCCGCCGCAAGACUUUCUCGCGAAACCAUGGAGGUCCUGCCGUGUCCUGUCAACGUGGACUUCAGCAACACUCGAGCUGGAAGCGAGACGGACGAAUUGGACGGUGCCUGUCAGGCGCUGGCGAAGAGGCUGGAGGUUGAACUCAGGAGGGCUAAACACGCCCAGCUGGCUUGCGGCGAGGUUCUCCUACCUGCCGAUUUGCUGCCCAAGAUAGCCAAAGAUGUACUUACGAUGGCAGAAAAUGAGCCCUGCGGCCUUCGAGGCUGUACGCUUUUCAUCAGCUUCGAAACGGACAGCAUGUGCCGCAAAUUGUCGAGAAUACAGUGCGAUCCCAGUACUGUGUCGACGUUCGAGCUUUAUCUCACGCUGAAACAGGACCAUACGUCCUGGCACAUGCUGCUGCCUCAAUUCUUGAAAAAUCUCACGCGUGGUGGUACCAUUAUGAUCAGUAGGGACUUCACUUUGCAAAAGAAGAAACUCUAUAGGUCUUUCCAGCAAUCUCAUUGAAGUGUCUCAGGAUCACAUACCGGAGUUUUGCACAUUGUAACGAUCAUCCGUUUUGCCUAAACGGGUGUGGCCAUUUUUUGUCAGUUAUUACCUUAUAGGCAUCGGCCAAAUUCGUACAAUAUCGAAGACCAGGAUGGAAAAAAAAAACUAAGAAGAAGCAGCGGACCUGAGGUUAGAUUUCGUCGUUGUAACAGCACGCUGUAAAAUUCGUGUAUCAUGGUUGCAAUCGUGUGAGGUGUUGCGUUUAACCCUUUAACUUGGAGAUUAUAUUUCAAUUUUCUAUAUAAAUGACACAUUUCACUCAUAAGAAACAGUAGAAAUUUUUUGAACAAAGGUACUCGCACGUAUAAGUGCAGGACUAAGAUUGUUCUGUGUGUUUAGAAUUUAUUCAUUGAAUGUGUAAAGAAAUGAAGUAGUUCGUAGAAAUGCUGCUUUACGGUAUAAAAUAGUUGCACUUUGAACGCAACAGAUUUACGAAAAGUUAGAUCUCGUGUCCAAAAUCUAGUGAUAUAUGGAUCUAAAAAUCGAAGAAUCUAGACGUCCACAGAUCUAAUAGUUUAAGAAAAUCAGAUCUA